AUGGGAAAAGAAGAACGACGCAACAGAAAAAAAGCAGGCAACUCCGACAAUGUAGUUUUAACUGCAUCUGAUCAAUAUGAUCCCGACAUUGAUGACAUUCCAGAUUCCGAAAAGUUUCGUUUGAUUGAACAAUCUGGGCUUUUCAAGAAUUUGUCUUCAACACAGCGUGAAAAACUUAACCUUAAAUCGGAUAAAAGUUCGUCUUCCUCCAUGCCAAAGUUAGAAGUAAUACGUCAAGAUACCGAUGAAGAGCCACAUUUUGGUUGGGGAUUUCAAGCGAUCCUGUAUACUAUACCGCUUUGUUCUGUCUAUUGCGUAAUGGACAUUUUAAUUCAUAGACAAUUUAAUGAGGAUGUUACGUUUUGGCCCUUCUUUAACAGGGUAAUUAAAAUAGCACCAAUUUAUUAUACCAACAAAAAUCUCACGAAACCUUGGCUUCAAUUUUUGAUGUUUAUUGGCGCGAUUGGAUGUGGUUGUUAUUUAAUUUGGGUUAUUAAUAAAGUUUCUUAUUUUGGCGUGAUGAAACGUUGUCCACCCUUGGCAACUUUGUGGAUUUAUUUCGUGGCUCAGUUACGUUUGCUUCCGGCAGUCAUAAGCCUGAUCACAGUAUAUCUGUAUUUUCGUUUCGGUGACCCAAAUUUCAAAAUUUAA